AUGGCUCGAACGAUCAGCCGAUGCCGCGGUAUUAUGCCCAGGAUGGCAGUGAUUUCGAUUGGGAAGCGGCCCACCAAGGGCAUGUGGAAUACUGCGAAGCAGCUGGGAUGGACCCAGAAGUUUCGGAAGACGAGCCGGAGACCGAGCCCCCGCAGACCCUUGGCAGUGUCUGUGGAAGCUGUCAUUGGCUUGAUGGGGAUGGAAUCUGGCACGUCGGAGAUGUGCCGGAGGAUCAACAGUGGGAUGAGGUUACUGGUGGCAAUGAGCAGGAGCCCGAAAAGCCCGGCGAGGAUGAAGCGUGGGACGAGGACGGGGAGUGGGCUGCCGAUCCCGAUGAGGAUGGGCAGUGGGCUGCGGAUGCCCAUCCAGACGGGGAGUGGGCUGCCAAUGCCGGGGAAGACCGGCAGUGGGAAGCUGCCGAUCCCGAUGAUAAGGGGCAGUGGGCUGCCGAUGCCGAUGGAGACAAGCAGUGGGAAGCUGCCGAUCCCGAUCCAGAUGGGCAGUGGGCUACCAAUGCUGAUGAAGACGAAUGGGAAGCUGCCGAUCCCGAUCAAGAUGGGCAGUGGGCUGCCGAUCCCGAUGAAGACGACGAGCAGUGUGCUCCCGACGAUCAGUGGGCAGCCGAUGAUGGUGAGGCAGAGGGGGAUCGUGGCCAGGAGCAAUGGCCUGCCAAUCAAGAUGAGGGGCAGUGGCCUGCCCAGAAAGGCCCUGAGAUUGGGGAUCAGGGUACUUGUGAAGACCACUAUGAGAUGUAUGAGGGGCCUGCGCCUUCCGAUGAGAUGA